GGGGCUGCUGCCUCAAACACACAGCACUGUCUUUCAUCCUUCGAAGAAGAGUUCCUGUACACGAAAACGAAUAAAAGUGCAAAAAUGGGAAAUGGCUCGAUGAAGCUGAACCCUCUAAAGCAGGUCAGAGGCUCUGCCAAAUCCAAAAACAAUGGAGAAUCAAGCUCAGUUUCUCAAGUUCUCAGAGUUAGAGUGGAAGAAUUAGAGAAUCAGCUGAAGAAGAAGGAUGAAGACCUGAAUGCCAAGGAGAUUCAGAUCAAACAUCUAGAGGAGCAGCUGGCCCAACAGAGACAGACCAUCUCUGAGAUCUCUGACACUUUGAGGAACAAGUGUCUCCAACUCAACAAGCUCCAGGAUGCACUGAAGAAUCAAUGCGAACUAGGUCUCCUGCCAUCACCUAUCAAGGAAAAGGUCAGUCAGUGUCUCACUGGCCUGCUCAGAGAUACCCUCAAUAGGAGGAGAGGAGCCAAAGCUGGAGUUUCUGCAGAACCUUCAUCCAGAACGUAUGAUUCCAGCGGUGUUCCAAAGUUCUACUUUGAGAGUGCACGAGUCUGGAAAGAGCAAAGUGUAAAGAAGCUCCUCACAGAUGCUUUGAAUAAGAACCAGUAUCUGAGACGACUGGAAGUGCAACAGGUCAAAGACAUGGUGGAAUGCAUGUAUGAGAGGACGUACCAGCAGGGAGAAUACGUCAUUAAACAAGGAGAGCCAGGAAACCACCUGUUUGUGCUUGCAGAUGGCAAGCUGGAUGUCUAUCAUCACAACAAACUGCUCACAUCGAUAGCAGUCUGGACCACAUUUGGUGAAUUAGCCAUAUUGUACAAUUGCACCAGGACUGCCUCGGUCAAAGCUGGCAGCAAUGUGAAGACAUGGGCCCUCGAUCGAGAAGUCUUUCACAACAUCAUGCGGAUGACUGCCGAGGCUCGACACGAGCAAUACCGCAACUUCCUGAGGAGUGUUUCACUUCUUGCCAGUCUUCCUGGGGACAAACUAACUAAGAUUGUGGACUGCUUAGAGGUGGAAUACUAUAAUAAAGGUGACUACAUCAUCCGGGAAGGAGAAGAAGGAAACACCUUUUAUAUAAUUGCCAAUGGAAAGAUUAAAGUCACACAGAGCACACAGGAUCAUGAAGAGCCUCAGAUCAUCAACACCUUGGGGAAAGGGGAUUAUUUCGGCGAGAAGGCCCUCAUCAGCGAUGAUGUCAGAUCUGCGAAUAUAAUCGCAGAUGAGGAGGGUGUGGAAUGCCUUGUCAUUGAUCGAGAAACCUUCAGUCAGACUGUCGGAACUUUUGAUGAGCUUAAAAAUUACCUCCAGAGCUAUGUCGAACAUUUAGCACGGGAUGAUAAGAAAAGAAAUGCAAAGAGGUCAGGAAGCUGCACUCCUCCCUCCACACCUGUGUCACAUGAUAUGAUUGAGCUGAAAGAGAGAGAGAGCAACUUUGCAUCCACUAUACCCUUCAGCUGCCUCGAGGUCAUUGCCACGCUGGGCGUUGGAGGCUUUGGCAGAGUUGAAUUGGUGAAGGUGAAGAACGCGAAUGAGACGUUUGCGCUGAAAUGCAUCAAGAAACGGCAUAUUGUGGAUAACAGACAGGAAGAGCACAUUUACUCUGAGAGGAGGAUCUUGCUUGAGACAAACUCUCCUUUCAUUGUGAAAAUGUACUGCACUUUUAAAGACAACAAGUAUGUGUACAUGCUGUUGGAGGCGUGUUUGGGUGGCGAGAUCUGGAGUCUUCUUAGAGACAGGGGGAGUUUUGAUGAGUACACUGCCAAGUUCUGUGUGGGCUGCGUGACAGAGGCCUUCGACUACCUCCACAACAACAGCAUCAUAUACAGAGACCUGAAGCCUGAGAAUCUCAUGCUGGACACAGAUGGAUAUGUCAAGUUGGUGGAUUUUGGCUUUGCUAAAAAGCUCCGGUGUGGCCAGAAGACCUGGACGUUCUGUGGGACUCCAGAGUAUGUUGCGCCUGAAAUCAUUCUCAAUAAAGGACACGGACUCAGUGUGGACUUCUGGUCUCUUGGAAUCCUGAUUUUUGAACUUCUUACAGGAAGCCCUCCAUUUACCGGCUCUGAUCAGAUGAUUAUAUACACAUUCAUUCUGAAAGGAAUUGAGAAGAUGGACUUCCCUAAAAAGAUCACCAAGAGGCCAGGUGACCUUAUUCGAAAGCUGUGCAGACAAAACCCUUCAGAGCGACUGGGAAAUUUGAAGAAUGGAAUAACUGAUAUUAAAAAACACAGAUGGUUUACAGGAUUUAGCUGGAGUGGUAUGAAAUCCAGAAGUCUGAUAUCACCACUUAAAAGAGAGGUGAAGGGACCCACUGACCACAGUUACUUUGACAGUUAUCCUCCUGAAGAAGAAAUCCCUCCAGAUGAAAUGUCGGGGUGGGACACAGACUUCUAACUAACCCCCAGUGCACCCAUGUGAGUUAAACGGAACCCUUCUGCCAUUUUUAUCAUCUCCAACAUGCCAGCCUUUCUUCCAAGGAACCUCAGACCAUGAAGCCAACAGAAGCAGUGUAUGUGCUGCAAGAAUGAACUCCAUGACCGGAGGCUGCUGUUCGUGCUGUGGGAGGCACAGCAGAGGAGGACAGAUAUAAGAAGGGAAUUGUUUCAGUGUUCAGAUGUGCUCAUAUAUUGUGAUGAUUCCCAUUGUUGUAUUUGACUGGAACCACACCACUGAGAUGUCAGAGCAGGAUCAGUCUGUGAGAAUGAUGUAACUGGGGCAUCAACCAUUGGUAAUAUUUACCUUUAGAAGUGCAGAAGGGUUUGUGGUUUUCCAGGAAGGUGCGAUGUUCCUUGUUUUCGAAGCGUUGGUGAUGUCACGUAUUUGAGCUCCUGAAGGUAAUAACCACCUGUGACUGUGAAUGCCACUGAUGAGGUUUCAAAGGUUAACCUCAGCGGGUGACUGGCACUGCAGUAGGGUUAUGUGAAAAGUAGUCUUUUUAGAGCCUUUUCUUCAGGUGACUCUAACCUCGGCACCUGAGCCAAAAAUGUAAAAAAAAAAAAAAAAAUGUUGUUCCCAAAACAUUUCAAGUCCAGCAGUCAUUGCACAGUAGUGAUUUGUAAAUGAGAAUAUCUGUUAAAUAACGGACUUGUGUGGUAACUUGUGUGGUAAGUUUCCUGACCGUAUUGACCCAUUAAGCAAUUUACAAAAUGUUCCAUGAUGCAACAGCCUCACCAUAAUUUUUGAUUGCAUAACAAUGCGAUCAAUAUUGACUAAAGUUCUGCUUUAUUACCAGAGGGCUGAGUUCUUUAACACAUGACAAAAUAAACAUGUGGCUACAUAAUUCUCAAACUUUAUU